AUGCGACAAAACGUUGUCUUCCUCGUGUUCGCCACUCUUCUCGCCCUCGCCGCCGCCACGCGGACUUACCCGCUGCUCCUCACCGUCGAGGAGCCCGCCGGUCAGGUCGGAAUCUACGAAAUUGAUGGCAGCCCCCUCGCCAAGGUCAAGGUCGGCUCUCUUCCCCACGAGAUCGUCGUGACCGCCGACGGCCGUACUGCCUACGUGACCAACUUCGGCCUCCACGAUUAUGCUUCGCCCACCGGUUAUGCUGGCUACUACGUGUCGGUCAUCGACGUCAAGCUCAUGCUCGAGAGGACCAAGCUCUUCCUCUUUGCUGCCGGCGAGCCCUUCGGCCUCGUCAAUCGUGGCCCCCACGGCAUGAAGCUGUCGCCCGACGAGCAGACCCUGUGGGUCAACUCCGAGAUCUACUCGGCCGACAACACCACCAUCGUGCCCUCGCUCAUCACCUUCGACCUCACCAGCGGCUCGCAGGCCCCCUCGCAGAUCAUCCGCGUGCCCGCCACGAUGGACAAGAUCCACAACUUCGUCUUCUCGCCCAACGGUCAGGACCUGUGGCUCCAGCUCGGCGCCCAGGGUGUUGCCAAGUACAACAUCGCCAGCGGCACCUUCUCCGCCACCUUCGCCGCUAAGAGCCCCAGCGCUGCUGCCCUCGGCUCUCGCGGCCUCUACUUCGCCCCCAAUGGCAGCCUCAUCGUCAGCGGUGUCGGCGAGGUCAUCGAGUUCUCCGUCGCCAGCUUCCCCCCUACCUUCAUCAGGCGCUUCUGGGCCGCUGAUUGGGUGGUGAACCAGUUCCUCUACCCCACCAUGACCCACAACGGCCAGUACAUCGUGGUCCCUUCGACCAACGGCCAGAUCUUCAUCAUCAACUACGCCACCGGCAGCCUGGUCAAGCGUGUCGACGUCUUCGGCCUGGACCCCGUCAUGGUCGUGAUCGAUGAGGACGAUGAAUUCGGCUACGCCACGGCCGCUCGCGGUGGUGCCGUCACCAAGAUCGACCUCCGCUCCGGCAGCAGGUUCGGCCGCACCGUCGAGUUCCCCACAGGCGUCAACGCCGGCCCCAACGGCCUCGUGAUCGCCAACCCUGGCCGUCGCGUCGAAGAUGACCGCGAGACCUUCAAGGUGGUCGCCGUGCUCUCGCUCUCUCCCCCCGUCGCCGGCACGACCCUCCCCAACAGCAAUGCCACCCAGCCCAACGGCCAGCCCAACGGCUACCGCAUCAAGUCCGUCUUCGAGUUCUGGAAGGAGAACAUCAACCAGGCCGGUGGCAUUCCCUUCGACGGCAACUCGGAGGCCGCCAAUGUCGAGGUCACCUACGUCGACGACUUCUCCAACUGGGCGCUCACCAACGGUCUCCUCCUGGCCGCCCUCAAUGACGAGGACGUCAAGGCCCUCUUCGUCGCCAACGUCUACUUCACCCCGUCCGCCGCCCUCCUCGCCAAGCUCGACGAGACCAAUGUGCCCCUGCUCUCCGUCUACCCGCUCUACGCGCCCGCCUCCAAGCGCUCCGCCGAGGAGUCGCAGUUCGUCGAGGAGGAGGAGGACCAGUCCUCGCUCUACAAGAGGCAGGUCCCCACCGCUUCUGCCGUCGGCUACGACAGGUGGGUCGACAGCAACAACUUCAACACCGAGUACCUGGCCCGCUUCGCCCGUACCGCUGCCGCCGUCGACGGCCAGGCCAUGACCACCGCCCUCUCGCUCCAGGCCGCCGCCUACAAGGCCGACGAGCUGUGCCCCGAGGACGUUCUCGCUGAGCUCACCGGCCUCGACACCUACUUCUUCUACGCCGGCGUCAAGUUCGAGUCGACCACUGGCAACAACAUCCGCACCGCCACCGGCUUCCCCGUCCUCGUCAACAACCGCGCCUAA